AUGGGUGCUGCAUUGAAUCGUAAUCCCAACAACAGUUUUCCCGGGCCUGCACACUACAGAGUUGACGUGCAGCUGACUCGUAUUGGAAAGGAUGGAACGCCGAAAUACUCAAUCGCUGCAAGGGCGAAAGACCGCAAAACCGAAAUAACACCCGGCGCUGGUGCAUACAACACAGAGAAUAUUUGGCCACAAGGAGAGAGGAAACGUCCUUCGUAUUCAAUGGCGAGUAGAACCAGAUACACACAGAAAGAAAAGGUGCCAGGGCCGAAUCAGUACUCCCUGCCGAAGCUAAUUGGACCAGAUAUUCGAGAUUCAAAGAGAAGGGGCGGACCUUCGUAUUCGAUGUCUACGCGACUUAGUCUUGGCAGUUUUGCUGAGGACCUGGCGAAAACUCCUGGUCCUGCUCGUUACGGGCCGCCAAACAACGACUCUUUCUUGAAACGCAAUCCACAGGGACAGUGUUUUCUUUCAGAUAAACCGCGCGCCACAACAAUAGCUGCUUUAUAA